UGACGUCACGCCGCCAUGACGUCGCCGCUCCCUCCCCGCCCGCCCGGCGCCGCCAUGUUCAAGGUAAUUCGGCUGGGGGCCACCCCUGUCAGCCUCAGCUUGCUCUCUGUCCAGGUUUAUGCUGCUUCCUCAGAGAAGACUUCCAAAAAGGAGUUGCUGAAAAUUGAGGAGCUGUCACUCUACUCCUCUCCAGCUCGUGAGACUAAAUAUGUGGAGAAUCCACAAACUGAAUUGGAAGAGGGGGUUUCACGUUUACGACAUGCUAUGGAGCCAUAUACAGCCUGGUGUCAGGAUCUUUAUGCCAAAGCUAUGCCCAAUUUAGAAAAAGCUGUUGAGCAUGGUAGAGAGGGCUAUGAAUUUCUCCAAAAGCCGCCUGCUGGAUUUUAUCCAAGACUUGGUGUGAUAGGUUUUGCUGGAAUUAUUGGAUUGUUUCUUGCUAGAGGCUCAAAAAUCAAGAAGUUGGUGUACCCUGUGAGUCUCAUGGGUAUUGCUACCUCCAUGUAUUACCCUCAGCAAGCGGUUGCUAUUGCAAAGGUUGCUGGCACACAGCUGUAUGAUUGGAGUCUUCAAGGAUAUAUUGCUGUAGAAUCUCUUUGGAAGGAUAAUCCUAAGAAGAAGAAAUCUGGGGAAAAAAGUGAUAAGGGUGAUGCAGUUGGUGACAAGCCCCUGGAAGUCCAUGCUGCUUCAAAUAAAGAGCGAGCCCAGAAGUAAAACACUACAUCACCUGGCAUCAGACAGGUGAAGAAAAAUAUAGAUAUAAGCAACAAUUUCCCAAGAAAAAGAUGAAAACCCAUCUGAAUCCAUUUUGAAUGUGACUAAUCUACCUUCUGCCUUGGGACAGUCUGACUGUGUGCUGCUCAGGCUUCUGGUAUGGAUUCUGUGAAAGGACAUUACGUGGUUUGGGUCAGUCUGGAGACCUCGUCCUCCGUUCUGCAGUGGGACUGAAGUCUGCCCAUGCUUGUCCCAUUGCAGGAUCAACAUUGCAAGUAGCAAGUCUCUAAAUCCCUGAGUCUCUUAUUAUUUAUAUAUAAAAUAAAAUUCCAGAUACACAAAAUGGUCCAGUUUUUUCCCUCCUCCUAACUUCUUUAAAGUCUUGGAUGCGAUGUUUGCACAAUCUGUGGAAGGUUCUAGAGAUGUUGUUGACAGUGCCUGUAUUUUUUUACCAGUGAGGGGAAGCUGGAAGUAGCAUGAUGUUUUGGCUGACAUGGGCUCAUAGAAUUAGGAAUGGGAACAAUUACAAUGACUCUUGUGUUUUGUUGGAGUCUCCCCCUCCUUUCUAUACGAGUCUUCUGCCUCAUCAGUGCCAGCAGGAGGUAUAUAAUGAAGCAUCUGUGAGUUCCUGUCUCGUAGAUGGAUGGGAAUCGAGCUGUUAAUGUUUGUUCUUGUUUUUGUUUGAAUGCACAGCACAAUGGGAACCAGAAUGUUGUGGUGGUGGGAACCAGCUAUAGAAUAACUUGGCUGUUUCCUUAUUCCCAGCCAGGGGAGGGGAGGAAAAAGCGAAGCGAAGAGAAAUACAAAAGGAUUUCCAGCAUUUUGAAAUCUUUGCACAAUAAAACCCUUUCAUCAUUUGUUGCCAUUUC